GAGAAGGAUUGUGACAUGGACUCUAAACGUGACCGCAUUUGCGUCUCAAGCCAGGAAUAUGACGCCCACAGCUCAUUGCUCCUUCCAGGCCCGCAGAGUGCACCACUUCCCUCCCCUGCCCAGACCUGGGGGCUCCAACACCCAAAGCCUAGGAGCCCAGGCUCCGGCCAUUCUUUUGACCUGCCGUACAGCAUGGCAGCCCCCAAAGGCGUGGCCCAGGGCACUGAGAGACGUACAACAUGGCCGCCUACAGGGAGCACACCGCACGCCCUCCCGCCCGGCCACCGGAAGUUUCCAUUUGAAAGCCAGGCGGCAGACCGGGUUGCUGGUGCGGCAGUUACUGCGGAGCAGCUUUUGAACCAGAGCGACGAGGGCUGCGAGGCCCAGCCUUGCCGCCUCGUUACGAUGACCAGCGUGGUUAAGACAGUGUACACCCUGCAGCCCCCCGCUGUGCAGAGCAGCGGCCUGCUGGCAGACACACAAACUCGAGCCCCUUCGAAGAGCCUCUUACCAGUGAAGUCCAAAGAAGUGGAUGUUUCCAGGCUUCAUUCAGGAGGUGCAGAGAACGAUGUUACAAAAAUCAUCAAACCAAGACGAGAGAACGGGCAGGUGAAAGCUGCAGACACUGCCUUUAGGAGGAACAUCAGAAAAAGCUACAAGCCACUGAGCAAGCAGAAAUCAGAGGAAGAGCUCAAGGAUAAGAACCAGCUCUUAGAGGCCGUCAACAAGCAGCUGCACCAGAAGUUGACUGAAACUCAGGGAGAACUGAAGGACCUGACCCAAAAGGUGGAGCUGCUGGAGAAGUUUCAGGAUAACUGUUUGGCAAUUUUGGAGAGCAAGGGCCUCAACCCAGUUUUAGGCAGUGAGACCCUGGCGUCACGGCAAGAAGCCACCACAGAUCACACGGACUCUAUGUUGCUACUGGAAACUUUGCAAGAUGAGCUGAAGCUUUUUAAUGAAACAGCCAAAAAACAGAUGGAGGAGCUACAGGCCUUAAAAGUAAAGUUGAAGAUGAAAGAAGAAGAGCGGGCCCGGUUCCUAGAGCAGCAGACAUUAUGUAACAGUCAAGUGCAUGAUUUUACAACAGCCCUUGAGGAAAUGGAGCAGCUAUUGGAAAUGUGAUGAAAAGCAGACCAGCUGGCUCCCUCUUGGGGUUAAACUCUCAAAGGAAGCCACUUAGGACAUCUGCUUCUUGGCCAUGACCUUCUAGGACUCACCAUCCCCAGAAUGAAAACAGUUUCUGCAGUAGGAUUAAGGACAGUUGAUGCCGGAAUGGCGGUUCCUCCUUAAACAAGUGUUCCCAGCCUUUCAGAUUGGUUGGCUCUCCUGAACCUCACAUGUACGUAACUGAGGCCUACAAAGAGGGGGUGCCUGGAAGCUUGGAUCAACCUUCUACGCAACAAAGCGGCAAGCCAUUAGAAUCAGACCAAAUCAGUCAUAGUCAGAGGAUCCCAAAGGUAACAUUCAGAUGUGUAGGAAGAAAGCCUUAAUUGUACAGAGGAGCACAGAUGCUCCACAGGAGACAUCACUGAGAAGCCAUGCUAGACUUUCUAACUUGGAACACAUUCUGUCUCAUCCCGGUUGGGCUCUAUACCUCAUUGUAAAUCAUUGAACUUGAAGUUACUUAAGAUGGCUUAAUAAAUGGGGGUGAAGUUAUAGAUAGCAAUAACACCUACCUGAAACCGUACACCUUGGAGCUUUUAAUCUAAAUCACUUCCGUUUUUGGGGUUUGGUUUUGGUGAUUUUUACGAAGUGCUACUUUUAAAAUAAAUAUUUCUAUAACUG